AAAUAAAUAGAAACGACAAAUUGCAUGUCCUCUACCAAGUAAAAACAUAAUCGAUCACAUAUUUAUUUAUAUAGUGCAUGAAUCUCUCUUAAACUUAAUCAAUUAAGGUAACAUAUUUGAGUAUGGAGCUACCUUCAAACCUGUUGCCUGAUGAAGCAAGCCCAGAGUGGAUGAACAAAGGGGACAACGCAUGGCAAUUAACAGCAGCAACAAUGGUUGGGCUUCAAAGCAUUCCCGGGCUUGUCAUACUUUACGGAAGCCUAGUGAAGAAAACAUGGGCUAUAAACUCAGCUUUCAUGGCCUUCUAUGCAUUUGCAUCCGUUCUCCUUUGUUGGGUUUCAUGGGCAUACCAAAUGUCAUUUGGGGAGAAAAUGGUAUUUUUCUUAGGGAAACCAAAUGUAGCAUUAGAUGAAAAGUUUUUGUUGGGGAAAGCAUUUUUGGGGAAUUUUCCUAAUGCUACAAUGGUAUUUUAUCAAGGUGUUUUCGCUGGUCUUACUUUGAUUUUGAUAGCUGGUGCUUUACUUGGGAGAAUGAACAUUCGUGCAUGGAUGUUGUUUGUGCCACUUUGGGUUACAUUCUCGUACACUGUUGUUGCCUUUAGUAUUUGGUGUCCUGAUGGUUGGUUGGCUAAACGUGGGGUUAUUGAUUUUGCUGGGGGAUAUGUUAUUCACCUCUCUGCUGGUGUUGCUGGUUUUACUGCUGCUUAUUGGGUGGGUCCUCGAGCAGACAAGGACAGGGAAACAUUUCCAGCAGCAACAAAUAACAUGAUAAUGGUGCUUGCAGGCGCAGGACUGCUUUGGAUGGGUUGGAGUGGAUUCAACGGUGGAGCUCCAUUUGUGGCUAGUACCAUUGCAUCUCUUGCUAUCCUUAACACACACGUGUGUACUGCUGCUAGCAUCACGGUAUGGGUCAUGCUUGAUACCUUCUACUUUGGCAAGCCUACUGUGUUUGGCGCCGUACAGGGCAUGAUCACUGGUCUUGUUUGCAUUACACCUGCCGCAGGAGUUGUGCAGGGGUGGGCAGCAAUCUUGAUGGGUUUCAUAUCAGGAAGUAUACCAUGGUACACGAUGAUGGUACUCCACAACAAGGUUAAUUUCUUAAAGAAAAUCGAUGAUCCCAUGGCAGUGUUCCACACCCACGCCAUAGCUGGUGCUCUUGGUGGCAUUCUCACUGGCUUCUUUGCCGUGCCUAAACUAUGUCGUCUCUUCUAUAUGGUGCCUGAUUGGGAAAAAUACAUUGGUCUUGCCUAUGGCCUACAAAAUAAAGGCGCAACUCAAGCGGGUUUGAAACAGAUGGUGAUCCAAAUUGAGGCCAUAGUUUUUGUGAUUUGCUACAACGUUUUAAUGACGAGUUUGAUUUGCUUGAUUGUGAGGGUUAUAGUACCACUUAGGCUUAAUGGUGAUGCGUUACAAAUGGGAGACAAGGCAAUUCAUGGAGAGGAUGCUUUUGCCUUGCAUAGUGAGGCAACUAAAUUUGUGAACAUUAAGCGCAAUCAGGUUUAUGAUACACAAGAUUUCUCGUCCAUUCCCGAGUCUAGAUCAUUAGGUGAACUUCAAAUGGUAUGAAAUCAACCAGUAACAUAUGUUUAACUAACUAAUAUAAUGUCUUAU